UCAGGCAGGCCAGGUCAGCAACGUGCUGGCAGCGAGGUACCGGAGGAGCAGGCAGAGAAUGGUCAGGGUCACAAGCCGGGUUCAGUAACUCACGGGCAGCACGGUACAGAGGAUCAGGCAGAAGGAUGGUCAGGCAAGCCAGGGGUUAAACAGGUGACGGUCAGCAGGGUCAGGAACAAUGCAGAGGUCGGCAGCAGAAGAUUCACAGGAUACCAGGAACACAGGAACACAGGAGCAAAGAUCAGACCAUACGGCAACUUGUGUCUGUGCAGGGCUGGUUUAAGCAGCCCGCCCCGCACCUGACAGGCACAGCCUAGGUCCUAGUGCCUGGCCAGCACCGUCAUAGGUGCCGGGUGCGCCUGGGUCCUAGUGCCCUGCUGCCUGCAUGUCUUGAC